CUCUUACACAACCGUGUCUUUUCUUCAUUCUGCCUGCAUCUACUCGCCGGUGUGUGGUAACCCUCCACGUUUCUCAUUUUUGAUUUUUUGAUCAAACAACGCUUAGGAAAUGAGUGGGGACCAUUCCCACAACGAGGACCAGAUUGACUGUGGCACUCGGGUCAAUGACUCUCACAAGCAUAAAGACAAGUACAAAGAGAAGGAACACAAACAUAAGGACCACAAGAAGGAUAAGGAACGGGAGAAAUCAAAACAUGGCAACAGCGAUCACAAAGACUCCUCUGACAAAAAACACAGAGACAAGGAGAAGGAAAAGAUGAAGCACAAAGAUGGCAGCACAGACAAAUACAAGGACAAGCACAAGGAGAAGAGGAAGGAGGAGAAGAUGAAGUCUUUUGAUGGUAAAGUCAAAAAGGAAAGAGAGAAUGGCUUUGCCAGCCCUCAACACGUGAAGUCUGAGCCUGAAGAUGACUUUUACCACUCUCCUAAACAUGAGAGGUCUCUUAAAAGAGAGAGGGAUGAUGAUAAUGACUAUGAAUUCAAGCCCAAGAAAAUAAAGACUGAAAAUGAUAAGAAGGCCAAGAAAAGGAAACAAGAUGAGGACAUUAAGUCCAAAAAAACAAAAAACAAAAAAGGAGAAGUCACUGAUGGAAAAAAGAAGGCAAAGAAAGAGCCAGAGGAGAAGUGGAAAUGGUGGGAAGAGGAGAGAUAUACAGACGGCGUCAAAUGGAAGUUUCUGGAACACAAAGGGCCGGUGUUUGCACCACCGUAUGAGUCCCUUCCUAGCCACGUCAAAUUUUACUAUGAUGGUAAAGCUAUGAAGCUCAGCCCAGAAGCAGAAGAGGUGGCCACGUUCUUUGCCAAAAUGCUCGACCAUGAGUACACCACAAAAGAUAUUUUCCGCAAAAACUUCUUCAAAGAUUGGAGGAAGGAAAUGACUGCAGAGGAAAAGGCUAAGAUCACAGACCUGAAGAAAUGCAACUUCGGUGAGAUGAACGAAUAUUUCAAGGCACAGUCUGAAGCCAGAAAGGCCAUGACAAAGGAGGAGAAACAGAAAAUAAAGGAGGAUAAUGAACGCAUCCUGCAGGAGUACGGCUUCUGCAUCAUGGACAACCACAGGGAACGUAUUGCCAACUUCCGUAUUGAGCCCCCAGGCCUAUUCCGUGGUCGUGGAGACCAUCCCAAGAUGGGCAUGCUCAAACGUCGCAUAAGGCCUCAAGACAUUAUCAUUAACUGCAGCAAGGACUCCAAGCACCCUGAGCCGCCCCCAGGCACAAAGUGGAAAGAGGUUCGUCAUGACAACAAGGUGACUUGGCUGGUGUCGUGGACGGAGAACAUUCAAGGGUCCAUCAAAUACAUCAUGCUGAACCCCAGCUCUAGGAUCAAGGGAGAGAAGGAUUGGCAGAAGUAUGAAACAGCCCGUAGACUGAAGAAAUGUGUGGACCGUAUUAGGAACCAGUACCGUGAAGACUGGAAGUCCAAGGAAAUGAGGAUCAGACAGAGGGCUGUGGCUCUCUACUUCAUUGACAAGCUGGCUCUGAGAGCGGGUAAUGAGAAGGAGGAAGGAGAGACUGCGGACACCGUUGGCUGCUGCUCACUGAGGGUUGAACACAUCAAACUCUAUCCAGAGAGUGAUGGUCAAGAGUAUGUGGUGGAGUUUGACUUCCUGGGUAAAGACUCCAUCCGCUACUACAACAAAGUCCCAGUAGAGAAAAGGGUAUUUAAGAAUCUUCAGUUGUUUAUGGAGAACAAGGAGCCUGAUGAUGACCUGUUUGAUCGCCUGAAUACGUCUAUUCUAAACAAGCACCUUCAGGAGCUGAUGGAUGGUCUCACAGCCAAAGUCUUCCGUACCUACAACGCCUCAAUCACACUGCAGCAGCAGUUGAAGGAGCUCACAAAUGUGGAGGAGAACAUUCCAGCCAAGAUCUUGUCCUACAACAGGGCCAACAGGGCUGUGGCCAUCCUGUGUAACCAUCAGAGGGCUCCACCGAAGACAUUUGAGAAGUCUAUGCAGAACCUGCAGACUAAAAUUGAUGCUAAAAGGGACCAGCUUUCUGAUGCCAAGAGAGAACUGAAGAGCGCCAAGGCUGAUGCCAAAGUACGGAAAGAUGAGAAAUCCAAAAAGACUGUGGAGACAAAAAAGAAGGCAGUUCAGAGGAUAGAGGAGCAGCUGAUGAAGCUGGAGGUGCAGGCGACUGAUCGUGAAGAGAACAAGCAGAUUGCCCUUGGCACUUCCAAGCUCAAUUAUCUGGACCCUCGCAUUUCUGUGGCCUGGUGUAAGAAGUGGGGCAUUCCCGUUGAGAAGAUCUACAACAAAACUCAGCGUGAGAAGUUUGCCUGGGCCAUCGACAUGGCAGACGAAGACUUUGAAUUUUAAAUCCCAGUUUGUGGUUUUAACUAUGAUACACUUCUUUUUUUUUUUUUUUUUUUU